CAGAAACUCAAGUUGGAAAGAAAUGAUAAGACUGAGAUGAAAGUACAUAAAGAAUUAUCUACAGAAUAUCAGAUGAUGAAAAGAUUAGAUAUACGGAGAUACGUUGUAAUUAAAACUCGUAAUUCAACAAAAAUGGAUAAGAAAUUAAUUACAAAUUAA